AUGACGGUUUUGAAGCUUUUUGGAAUCAUCUUUUUCUGUGGCCUCCUCUCACCCUCGCAGGAGGUUUUGUCUGGGCUGUCCUGUGCUGUCAGCCCGCGGGCGAUGCAGAACGUUCUCUCAGAUGCCAUAAUUCAUAAUGGGCUCAUCCACCAGCACCUGCAGGGUCUCGUGGUUCCCAACAUCAUGGGUGAAGGGAGUCAGCUGAACUCUCCCACCAGCAUCACGGACCUGCACCUCAUCAAGGUCCGGGUGCCCAGGCUGUCGGUGAUGCUGCUGCCAGGGAUCGGGGUCCAGCUGACCAUCGGGGCAAAGCUGCAGCUCAGAGGCAACUGCUUGGUUGGCCUGCUCUCAGAACUCAUUGAUAUCUUCGUGGAGGUGAACAUUACUGCGAACAUUAAAUGCACGAAUUUUGAGUCUGGCACGUUCCAGGUUGUCACUGAAGACUGCCUCUGCAUUCUUGGGGCUGUAAAGAUCAAGGUCCUUUCUGGCUUACUCACCCUGUCAGUGAAUGAGCUGGUGCUUCGCCAGCUGACAGCGACUCUGCCCGCUUUGCUGUGUCCCGUGGUCGAUAUCGUGAUGAACCUUGUGAACAUCCAUCUCCUGAGCACUCUCAAUGCCGUGAUCCCGGUGGGCACAGCAGGAACAAUCCACUACCAGCUGGCCAGCAUCCCCUACACCUCUGGCAAGUUCCUUGGGCUGGAUUUAGACGGCGUGGUGAAGCAGGUGGGAGGCAGCACCAUCCCCCACGACUCAUCCCCCUCUGCUUUGCCUCCUCUGAUGGACAAACUCCUGCUCUUGGUGAUGCGCCAGAGCUUCCUCAAUGCAGUCCUGUCCCUCCUGCUCCAGCUGUCACCACAGACCUUCCCCUGCACGCCAGAUGUUUUCUCCGGUGCCAGCCGCCUGCGUGAGGCCGUGUGGGCCAUCUCUCCUGCUGGGUGCUCUGCCUGCAGUGGGACCAGUCCUCUGAGCAUCAAACUGAUGUUGAGAGGGAACCCACUCAUCCUCUUGGAAGAAAACAGAGCCAGUGUCAAGCUUUCAGUCCUGAUUCAGCUGUUUGGUAACAACUUGGAUGGAUCCAUCCUCAACUUCCUGCUGCUGAAGGCAGACCUUGCUCUAAACGUCCGUGUGUCGAUUGUUGGGGGCAGGCUGGUGCUGCAGCUGGCCUUGGGCAGCACUUCCCUCUCCUUGGAGUCUUCUGAUGUUGGCAUCAGUAAUAUCUCCAGCCUGAAGCCCCACUGCAGCAGUUUGCUUGUGGAAACAUUCGUGCCUGUGAUCAAUGGUGCCCUGAGCAUCGGGAUCCCUCUGCCAAAGGUGCUGCGCAUCCCCUUGGUGAAUGUGGAAUUUCAGAUAAAGACGGGCCUGAUGGUGUUUCUGGUGUGA